AUGAAGAAGGUUCGUAUCCAGGAGCAGGGCGCAGCCAUGAAUGCCCCAGCGUCCGGUGACUAUCCGAAUGUCCUCGACGACAUCACCUUCGCUGAAAAUAGGGCCCGGAGACCACGUCCGCGGCACAGCCAGUCCGAGGAGGGUCCGUUUCCCAGCACUGAGGAACGAAGGGACACUGCAAACCUCCGCUAUCGACAAAUGGGUUUCAGUCGAGGAUUCGGACUCGGCGAACAAGUUGGCUGGAAAGAAGGGUAUCAGUUAGGCCUACAAAGAGGAGCUCAGCUCGCGACGGAGUUAGGCUUCUAUCAAGGCUUCGUUCAUGCGUGGAUUACAAUUCUAGAGCACGAGGACCCCUCGAAACCAAGGAAACUCGCGGCAUUGCGCGGCCUCCUAGAAAUGACCAAAAACUUUCCGAAGCAAACGGUCGCCGACGAUGACAUGUUUGAAAAGCUUCACAAAAUUCGCGCCAAAUUCAAGCAGGUGGUGGCUCUACUGGAACUGGGCGCUGAUCAAGUCGUGGGACAGCAGGGCGGUCGCGAUGGGGGCUCUACAACACCGGGCCGUUCCCAUCCGCCGUCUGGAUUUCACCAGACGGAGCCAAUUUACAGCACCUCGACGAAGCACCACCAACAACCGCAACCCCAACAGCAGCACAUUCACCACGCGUCGCAGAGCUCACAACAACCGACACACGGGGUGUAUCCUCAGGAUCCGUUGCCACCCCUCCCUCAAUCGGACGCCAUAUAUCAGACUAUCCAGACGCCCCAGACACUUCAAAUGCCGUCUCAUCACAAUCUCCUUCAGCAGCAGCAACAAUCGCUGCCACAUCAUUUCCCGCAACAGCAGAUUCGAACGAAAAGUAAAGAGACGCUCAUCGAUGGAGUUGGAGAUUACCAAGGGAAAGUCAAACUCUCUGCGAGUCAGCUGCAGCCUCCUCCGCGAAGACACGCUCGGAGUCAAAGUCCUCGAGAGCCUCGUAGUUAUCCUCGGCACCAUACGUCACAGGAUCCCUCUGCUGCCGUCGCUAUGUCGACGACGCAGAACUAUAGAACGGCCCAGGCACAGUCGGCGUCGCUGGGAGGAGGGGUUGACCACCGAGCGGCAGCCGCAGGGGCGACGACGCGGGCCGCCGCAGCGGCUCCGCUCCCGGCGGCAACUUCUCAUCUCGAAUCAGCAGCAGCCGGUCACAGGUCUGGAAGUCACCAUCACCAUCACUACGACGGACGCUUCCAUCAUCCCUAUCCGAGCACGAUUAUCACCUAUGACGAACUUUGUGAGAGCGUAGAGAACGAACGCCAACGCCGGCGACAACGCGAAAAGUCCAACUGUCAAUGCUGCGUAUGUUGUCGGCAUCUGUUCAAGCUGUUGUUCGUACUGGCCGUGCUCUUGACAAUUCUGCUCGUUGCGUGCAAAUUUUGGUGUCCUGACACGUGCAAAACGUACCUUGGCUUUGGGAGGAGCGAUUCAUCGCAAACGUGA